ACCAAAGGCGCUACAGUUACAAUCAAACAUGCUAAAGAUUGUACAUGAAUCUCAUCAAUGGCUGGAAAGAUGCAAAGAGCGAGCAAAAGCGGUCAUGUAUUGGCCAGGAAUGACAGAAGACAUCGACCGAGUGGUUAAUCAGUGCAGGACCUGUCUGCGUUUCCGGAGAAGCAAUACUAAGGAGCCUCUUUUGCCACAUGCACUACCAACUAGUCCAUGGGAAGAGCUAGGAGUGGAUAUCAUGACUUUGAAAGCAAUAUAGAUUAUCUGAUAGUAGCGGACUAUUAUUCCAAGUACAUAGAUGUUCAGCAACUGAGAGACAAGACAUCAUCGUCUGUCAUUAACGCCAUGAAGUACAUGUUCGCUACUCAAGGUAUUCCAGAAGAAAUAAUAUCUGAUAACAUGCCGUUUGCAAGCAGAGAAAUACAAGCCUUCGCCAAUGAAUGGGGAUUCACUACAAGCCCGGGGUAUCCGAAAUCUAAUGGCUUUGCAGAGAGGAACGUACAAACCAUAAAGAACCUGCUCAUGAAGACACUCGUGAUGGAGGAGACCCGUACCUGGCACCCCUAUACCGCAGCUGCAAGCGUCCCCAGCUGAGCUCCUCAUGGUCCGAACCUUGAAGACAAAGUUGCCGGCAGCUCCAGGAGUGCUUCAGCCACAAAUGCCUUGCAACGUAUUGGAACAGCUGAACCAACAACAACGGCAGGAGAAGCAUUAUCAUGACCAGGGAGCUCGACCAAGCAGAUCUAUGCCCAGGCGAAGUGGUCCGAGUGCAAAAGGGAAAAGAAUGGGAACCCGCAGAAGUGAUAAAGCAGCACGACACUCCGCGGUUGUACGUGAUAAACACCAUGGCAAAGUUCUGCGCAGAAAUAGACGACAUCUAAACCCAUCACCAGAACCGCUCUCAGAACUUAGCGAGGGAUUGGACUACAACUCAGACAACGUCGACAACGACGAUACCAGUCUAGGAGAUCCAUCAGGCACCGUACAACAGGGACAGAAACUCCCAACCUCGCCAAAGGUGGCCAGAUCGGGACGGGAGAUAAGAAAACCGGCACGACUGAAGGACUAUGUUAUUUGUUGAAAGAGGAGAGAUGUAACAGUAGUGACUGUAUUAGUUUAAGGCUUGGAGCAUGCGUAGUACAAGGUAUGCUGAAGCGCAGAACAGCGAGUAACUUUAGUAGCUGUUUUGAGUUGCGUUACUAGAGACUAUAAUACAACUGAAAGCAUUACAGGCUAAAGCAUUGAAUUUUUUAAUUGAAACUGACAACCAAAUAUUGAUUGA